AUUCAACAGAUCCCAGAAGAGCUCAGUCUACAUGUUCCACAUUUGAGGAUGCUAAACUUUAGUCAUAAUCAAAUCACAAGUGUACCACCAUCUUUUAACUUACUUCUUCACUUGCAAGUUUUAGACCUUUCCCAUAAUCGUCUCAAAAUUGUGCCUGAAUCUAUAACUUGUUUACGACAACUUCAUACACUUAAUAUUGCUAACAACAAUAUAACUGAGCUUCCAGGAACAAUUUCAAAACUUGGGAAUUUAAGUAAACUUAAUGUUAGCAACAACAGUCUCCGUGUGUUACCUGGUUCACUUGUAGAAUGCCCAAAGCUGAAUGUGUUGGUGUCACUGGGGAAUAAUCUGAUUCACCCUCCCCAAGCUAUAUGUGACUGUGGAUCCCAAGCAACCCUGACCUUCCUGAGGGAGAGACAUGUUCCAGUCGUAUCAACAAGGCCUGCCUUAAAGAAGAAUGUAUUUAUGCGUGUAAGAGGACAACAAGUAUUAGCUAGUGUUGCUAAUCCAGAAUCAGCAAGUACAGAAUAUCGACAAGCUCUGGGUACAUCAAGAACAAAUAAGCGGAAGUGUCCACUCAUGCCACCUAUGGAUGCUACUCUACUGAAUCCUGAUCAUCUGAGAGAUAUGUUGCUAGGUCUCAUAUAUGGAGCAGCAAUAGCAGAUGCAAUGGCAUUGAACACUGAAAGGCUUAGUGAAGAUGAGUGUCAAUUCUACUAUUGCCGAGAGAACAUCAUGCUAAAGGACAGAAUUUCUGACCAUCUCAGACUUCAUUUCUCACCACAUGAUUGGUCAUGUAACACUGAUGUUAUGCUCCUUGUUUUAGAGUCCCUGAUGAGAUGGGGAGGUGUUGUUGAUGAAUUAGAGGUUGCAAGUCAGCUUGACCAGUGGAGGAUUCAUGGCUAUGUGGAUAUUGAUCCUUCUCCAGGACAUCUACUUUCUCCAUACAUGAAUCAGCACUAGUUUGGACCCUCAUUCAGAUAAUGAGCCAUGGUUACUCACCUCAAGAAGCCAAGGUAUACGCACCUGUCAGUUACUAGUGUCCCACUGCUGGCUAAGACAUAGUAUUUAGGGUAAAGAAGAGAAAAAGAGAAGGAUAGAAAGAGCACCAGAGAGAAUAAGGGGAGUAGAGGGAAGAAAUGGAGAGGAAAAGAGAGGAGGAGAGAAA